CCCCAACAGCCACCACCCACCCACUGUCUGCACACACCCGGCAUCGCGACCCCGACCUGCACACACAAACACCCACAGCCAUGCAUGCAUGCAUGCGUGAGUGAGCGACUGAGUGAGUGAGUGGCUUGUAUGCGCCGACCUCCGUUGGUCCGUCGACAUCAUCCUGCGUGUUGGUUGUUGGUGCGUUUGGUGACGUAUUCGAUCACCUCGCUGCCGUCGUGGUGGAUGCGCUUCAGGGUCCCGUUGCUGAAGACGAUGCUCUUGGCGCCGCUCGGGUAGUGACGCUCCAGCUGGCCUGUGGGGAACCUGUUGACAGUGGCAUCAAGAGUGCACAUGUCUGUCUCUGUCUGUCUGUCUGUGGGUGGUGUACUUGAAGAACUGUUCCUGUGAGGGCAGAGUGCACUGGUAAGAAUCGGUGGCCUUGUAAUAAUACGACUGAGCCAUUCAGACAGUCAGACAGACAGACAGACAGGUCAUAAGAGACACACAAACACGGCAGAUGGAUGGAUUGAUCCCUCCUCCACUUUGUGUAUAUGUGUGUGCAUUGGGUCCGUACCACAGCGCCAUCGCCUUUGAGGACCUUCCUGUCUCCGUUGGUGAAGAAGACCGACGUCGCUCCGUCAGGCCACUGCACACACAACACAACACAACACGAUCAGGAGAACAAACACAUUUCCCCCCUCCCCCGGCCACCCCCCAACACACCUACCAUGAUCUUCCUCAGCCCGUUGGCGUAGUGCACCUCUUUCCUAUCAUCGGCAUACACCCGUUCCCAUCGGUUGCCCGCCUGCUUCUCCCCCGUCGGCUGGGGCAGGACCGCCUGAGCGCGCUCCGUCCUUCGCCGCAUGGCGUCGAAAUCCUCCUCGAACCGGAAGCGCAUCAGCUCAGCGAAGUCCUCCUGGCCCGGCUGCAGCUCGUAGCCGCCUAUCACCACUGGCAAUGGCAGCGACCCAGGAGCCCCACCACUCACAGAGAGACCCCCAGAUUGGUUCUUGGGCGGUGCUGUGGUGGUGGCGAUGAUGGUUGGAGGGACGUCCCGCUGCUGCUGCUGCUGGGGCUGGUGUGUUGGCUUCUGGUCCAUGAGCUUGGAGAGGUUGAGCGGUGGGGUGGGCUUGCCCCUCUCCCUCUCCCUCUCCCUCUCCCUCUCGUGUUGCUGCUGGUGUUGCUGCUGGAUGUCUGUGGUAGACGUGACGAGACGGGAGCCGUAGAGAGACGCUGACAGGGCCAGGUCCCCAGUAGUGGUGGAGGUGGGCAGGGAGGCCUUCAUGUUGGGGUCAUACUGGGGCGGUCCUGGUGCGGGCGCCACUCCCUCUCUCACCAACAACCUCUGCUGCUGCUGGGGGGGUGCUGGUGGCGGUGGCUGCUGUGGUGCCUUCUUGAUUCGGGUGUCGCGCUGGGGCGACAUGACGGAUCCCGCACAGGACCACUCGUCGAUCUCGCCAUAGUCCCAGAAGUCCUCCCCCUCCCCCAUCUCAUCUCUCGUGGGCCUCCUGCUGCCAGCUGUGCCCUCAGAGGUCUUUGGCCUCUGCUGGGGGAUGGCUGGGAGGGCUGUGGUGGCUGUGGUGGUGUGCUGCUUUGCUCCUGUUGCUGUUGCUGCCUUGUGUGGGGAGAUUGUCGUGGUCGUGUGGGCGGUGGAGAUGUCCUUGGAUGGCCACCCCCGAGACGCACGACGGUCAGCAGGGGUGGGGGCGCGGGACGAGCCGACGGUGGUCGAGCUCCCUGAGACAACAAAGAACACACAACAGAGAACAUACGUAUGCGCCAUCCCUCCCCCCCUCUCUGAUUCAGUGACCUUUGGUGAGUCUCAUGCUGCUCAUAUUGGGCGGGGGCGUGACGGACCGCAUCGCACGCCGACCGCCAAGCUGCUGCUGCUGCUGGUCGGGGGCAGAGGGGAGGCGCACGCUGGCCGCCGAGCCGCGGAGAGACCUGGUGUUGAUGGGGGGCUGCUGCUGGGCUGCAAUCAACACGGAAGGGGCAAGAAAUGGAUGCUGAUGGGUUGAGGGGACUUAGGUGCUGUACCUGAUCGCUCCUGCUCUAGUGUGAGUUUCUCGAGGACCUUGACCUCCUCCUUCAGAUUGGCGUUCUCCUUGGCCAACGCCUCGUUCUGACACACACAGAUCGACAGAGAAAUGGAUGGAUGUGGCUGGGUGUGAUGUGGUGCGAUACGUGCGACUGACUGACCUGUCUCUGCAGCCUCUGCUGGUUGAUCUUGGCCGUGCGCUUCUCCCUCUCUAAUUCUUCCUGCCGACAACAGAGAGGCGCACGUGUGUGUAGGGGGGACGAGUGUGGAUGGAUGGAUACCUGCAGCUGUUUGACAUGGGUCUCGAGUUUUGCGAUCUGUUCAGCGGCCUUGUUGUGCGUCCCCACCGACACGCGAUGCUUCUCGCGCUCACCUACACCACACACACAUGGACAUGGGUGACUGCAUAUGGUGACAUAUCGGGUGGCAUUGUGUGGUCCUGUAUGUCCUCACCCUCUAUGCGUUUCUUCUCCUUGAUCAGACGUUUCCUCUCCUCGGUGAGCUCCUUGUGCAGCGCCUCACGCAUCUGCUCUAUCUCACGCUCACUGCGUGCUGAAGACAGACAGACAGACAGAGAGAAAGAGAGAGAGAAAUUGGUCGUGCAUGUGUGUGGCCGUGCGAGGUCCGCGUGUGCUCACAUACCCUUCUCUCUUUCUAUAUCCUUGAGGGUCUCCUCGUGCUGCUCUUUGAGCCGCAUGUUCUCGGCCCUCUCGCGCGCUACCUCAGCGUUGCGACGCUCCAACCUGACACGGGUGCCACAAAGCGUGUGAACGAAUCAUUGGGCGUCACGCCUGGUAUCCCUCCCUCCCUCCCUCCCUGACUCACAGCGGCAGCAUCUCCUGGACCUUCUCAAAGUACUCCUUCAACCGCGGGUCGUCACUCACACUCACAACACCACUAGAAGCGCCUUUCUCACCAGCACCACCGCCACCAGCACCAGAAGCAGCCUCCCUCCCUCUCUCCUUCUCCCCCGCUGCCGUCUGCUUGAAGAACCGCUGCUGUAUCAGCUCAGACACAGGCGCGCUGUCCAGGUCCAUCUGUGGCGGGGCUGCCAUGGGGUGUGUCGGCUCCGGCAUGGGCCCUCUCAGCGGGGAUGUGUCCCACGGCACGUCGUCGCCAAACUCGUUGCUGGCAUUUGUGGUGGUAGUGGUGGUCUUGGGUGGCAUGUGGAGGGAGCUGUAGGUUGCACGUGCCGCUGUCUCGGUGAUGGUGGUGUCUUCUGUGGCCGAUGCGGCGGCGAUGCGAGAUGCGAACGACUCGGCUGCCGGUGGUGCUGCCUUGGCACCGGUGGGCUGCGCAGCAGGGACACUCUUAUGCGAUGAUGGGGGCAGCAACUUCAUGCGUGCGGGGCCUGCAGACAGGAGGGAGGGAGGGAAGGAACAAAGACACAUACAGAGACAGAGACUCGUGUGGAUGAUGUGUUUGUUGUGCGUAUCGUACUCGAGCUGGUGAGCAAGAGUCUGCCAGUGGGUUGCCUCUUGGGCUCGGGCGGCGGGAUGACCGUCCGCUUCAUCCGCGCACCCUUCUUGAGGAAGGAGAACCGCCGCUGCGGCCUCAACUCAUCGCCGCCGCCCAUCCCCCCACCCCCACCCCCACCGCCACCCUCUCCCCCACUCUCCUUCUCUUUCUGAGAUCGUUUGGCCCACCCGGCCGCCUCGAGCGACGCUCCCGUGAUCUCUAACGGCUCGUACUUGUCCGCUGCCGAUGCUGCUGGGCCAUGGGGAGGGGGAGGGGGAGGGGGAGGGGGAGAGCCACCGCCCUCGGCCUUGUGCAAGAAGGCCUCGACGAACCGGUCUGUGUCGGUGUUGCCACUGGUGUUGUUGGGCGCGUUGUGGACGGAGUGGGAGUGGUGAGAGUGGGAGAGCGACUCGGGCACCUCUGAGUCGACUGUCCACCUGCGGUGCAGCGCCUCACUGAUGCUGCUAUCGGGCUGCAGUUGCGCGUCACGCCUGUGCACCCGGCUCCCAGGACUGUUGCUGUCGAUGUCUAUGCGGGAGGGGGGGAGGGGUGGGCCUGGCCCCGGUGGGGCUGGUGGGGGUUGUGUGUGUCGGGCGUCGAGGGGAGGGGUGUCUGGCCAGCCCCCGAUGGACGCCACUGAGUUGGACAUUGACAAAGGGUCCCUAUCACCGUCCUCAAACCUGACAGGACAUCGACAGAGAGGAAGCUCGCUCAUUUCCUUCCUUCGCUUUCUGCCCCCUCUGUACACACAUACCAUUUGCGCUGUUGUGCGUGGCUCCUGAGGAAGGUGGACUUGCUGUCCAGCUCCCUCUCGCACCCUUCCCCACCCCCACCCCCAACGGGCGGGCUGUACUCACGCCCUCGUCCGCCAUCCAUCAUGCCAUCCCCCAGACCACUCCCCUCUAGCGCCUCCUCUAUCUCCUCAUCCACCUCAGAUGCCUCCACAGGCCUGCAGGCAUUGCAUCCCAUUGCACCGAACCACAGGAGCACGAGAGAUGUGCACAUGUGUGGGGGUGUUGUGUGGCCAUUUUGGUUCGUUUGGUCGACCUGGCAGCAGCAGCUGCAGCGGGCCCUUUGGUGGUGACGGUGAAGUGUAAAGGGUGAUGGUGAUCACGGCGAGGCUCAUCGACCAUGACCGGCCUACUCGAUGACACGACAGGUGGCCCCGCCAAGAUCAUACCGCUGCUGCCAACCUGACCAUCCAUCCAUCCACAGUAACACAGGAACCAUUCCAGAGAGAACUGCAGUCCAUUCCACUGCGUUGCGUGCAUAGGUAGGUAUGGAUGUAGCAUGUACCUGGCCGUGAUGCAUAUGGGCGCCUUUGCCAUCUCCCCUGACAGCACCCAGCGCCGCCUGCACCUGCUGCCGAGAAUCCAUUAUCCCUAUGCCGCCCCCUCCCUCACCCACACAGCCGCCACCACCAGCACCAUCGUCAGGAUCAUUCUCAUCGUCCAUGGCCAUCGCGCCGCUGCCACGCAAUAUCUCCGCUAUCGUGUCACGGUGCCGUGAUGGCGCGGGCUGCAACUCCGGCGGCUGCAGCUGGCGCCCCGCCUGUGCAGGUUGUCUGUUGAGUACGCUGAAAGGGGAUGAUGCGUCCAUGGUGGGGAAGGGAUGGUCAUCCUCAUCAUAGUCAGAAUCCUCCUCCGCGUCGGCGUAUUUGACGUAGCGCGAUGACUGCUGCGACGCCAUAUCAGCGCACACACAAAGGCUGGCUAUCUAAAAAAC